GACUUUAAAGUUGGGAGUUUUGGAAUAGGUAGUCCUGUCCGGCUUCGAAUCAAAGUUGAAACUUGAAAUGAAACCAUCUUUUUCCGGUUCUACUUCUUCUGGUUCCGUCUUUAUUGUACAAGUACAACUCCAUCCCAGCCCCAGCACAGCCUUAUCAGAUAUGUUCCCCUGCUAGCUCCGCUUCAAUAUACAAACCCAUUCAUCAUUCAUGGCGGACUUGCUCCAGGAGCAUUGUAUAACCCCAAUCAAUGAAAACUCUGAGGUAAUUUGUUGGGGUUGUGGGUUGCGGCUUCUAAUUCCAUGUCACUCACCUAUUUUCAAGUGUGGAUGGUGUGGAGCUGUAACAAAUCAGAAUGCACGGAAACGUGACAGCGAGUACCUUCUGUUGAGGCGAUGGCGAGAUCGUUGCUUUGUUUGUGUCCUCCUCGUGUUUAUGACCUUUAUUAUAUGUGGUGGGGUGUGGGCAGUAUACCCUGCUGUUUUCUCCAUCAGCUAUUCUUGUGGUAUAUUCCAUUCAAUCAUUACCUCAAUCCUUUCUGUAACUACUAUUUAUACAUUAUGCUGUGCGGCAUUUGGCUGUGCUGGCACACCUCCAAUGGUAUUAUGGGGAAGCUACCCUACUGUGGGGAAAGAUCACCUUGAGAAUUAUACAUUCUGUCUCUACUGCUCAAAGCCAAAGUCACCUAGAGCUCACCAUUGUCGUUCUUGUGGAAAGUGCAUACUAGACAUGGAUCAUCACUGUCCAUUUAUAGGGAAUUGCGUUGGUGCAGCGAAUCACCGGUACUUCAUUGCCUUCCUCAUUUCAGCUGUCAUCAGUAUGAUCUACGUCACUUUCAUGUCUACGUAUGCAGGUCUUUAUGUCUGGCCACCAUUAUCAUAUAGAGCCUUAGGCCGCAUUCAUGGCUAUAGCAGCAAUAUGGCUUCUAGAGCUCUCAAAGAGAUCAUAUUUGCUUUGUUAAGAUCUGCAGCGCUGCUUUCUGCCAGAGGGCUCGUUCUUGUAUAUCUUUUUGUUUCGAGUGUUUCUGUGGAGAUAGGGUUGAGCAUUCUUCUAUGGCAGCAACUCUGUUAUAUUUACGAGGGGAAGACCUACUUGAGCAGUUUAAAUUCGCAUGAAAACAACGAUGUUGGAGAGAAAGGUUGCCAAAAUAUCUCGCGUUUCUUCGGUUUCCCUUAUUCCUUAUCAAGAAUCUUACCGAAUUUUCGAAAGAAGAUACUCAAGAAGAAGUGAAAGCCAUUUGUAUGUAACUCGAAAUUGUGCUAUCUUUCAAAGGGGCUGAUUGAAACCAUGCUUGCAAAUCUUUCUUUCUUAUGUAUACUGGACACUGAGGUGUACAUUGUUUUAACUGUAGCAUUUGAUUUAGUUCUACAGAACAUAUAAAUGAGAAGGGCAAAAAAAGAAAAAAAAAAGAAAGAACAUUACUUUUGAGGA